CACUUCGGUCCUUCCAACCUCGUCAUGCUUCUCUUGCGUGCAUUUCUUAGCGCGAGUGGCCCUUCUGGCCGCAGAUUUGCCCACCGGCGAGCGGUGGCCGGCGCUACCUUGGUAAAACCUCACUCUGGACCUCCAUCUCCGCCGCCGGCCCCUCCACGGCCGCCGCAGAAACCGGUACCCUUCACCAUGCACGGCUUCACCUGGCACGACCCUUACAGCUGGAUGUCGAAUCUCUCCGACAGUGUCUCGAUGCGCCACAUGGACGUGUACAUGGGGCAAGAGGAGAAGUACGCCGAGGCGGUGAUGAUCGCCGCCGAUGCCGACCGCCUUCAGCGCAAGCUCCAGAUCGAGAUGGCUCCUCGAAUGUCCUCUGAUCUCUGCUCACCGCCCGUUCGCUGGGGACCGUGGCUUUACUACCGCCGCGUGGAGGAGGGGAAGCCAUUUCCGGUGCUCUGCCGACGUAAAGCUAGCUUGCAGGAGGAGUUCAUUUCCUACAAUGCGCCAUCUGUCGGCUUCGACUUAACUGCCGGCAAGAGAAUUGAGCAGAAGCUGCUCGAUUAUAACGCUGAAUCUGAGCGAUUUGGAGGUUACUCUUAUGAAGAACUAUCUGAAGUUUCUCCCGAUCAUCGUUUCCUUGCAUAUACCAUGUAUGACAAAGAAAAGGACUCCUUUACUUUAUCCGUGAGGGAUUUAGCUAGUGGUACUCUACUCGACAAACCAAGGGCUAAUCGAGUUGCAAAUUUGUCAUGGGCAAUGAAUGGAAAGGCUCUGCUUUACACUGUUACAAACAAUGAAAAAAGGCCACAUCGGAUCUUCUGUAGCAUGCUUGGGUCCACUAAAGAUGAUGUUUUGAUUCUGGAAGAGUCCGAUGAGAAUGCUUAUGUUAACAUUAGAAAUACUAAGGAUUUUCAGUUUAUUACUGUAAAUAUCUUUUCAAAUACUUCUUCCAAGGUGUACUUGAUAAAUGCAGCUGAACCGCUCAACAACAUGACUUUAGUGUGGGAGUGUGAACCUCUUUCUAAUUGUAUAAUUGAGCACCAUCAUAAAAUUUUGUAUCUAUUUACGAAUGCUGCUAAAGGAGCUGUGCCCGCUGAUUCGCAUUAUCUACUUUGUUCUAGGCUUGAAGCGUCCGGUUAUGGAAAUUGGGAGAAUGUAAUUCUUGAGGAACCUGCUGUUUCUCUUGAGGAUGUUGAUUUCUGUGACACGCAUAUGGUGCUUGUUCUGAAAGAAGACAAAAGAUAUAGGCUUUGCUCAAUUUUGCUGCCUUUGGACACAAAGGGACCUGCGCAUUUGGAAAAUCUCCAUCCAUGCUUCCUGCCACUUCCAAACCAUGUUUGUCAGAUACAAUCUGGACCCAACUAUGACUAUUACUCAUCCAUUAUGCGUUUUACAAUUUCCUCGCCAGUGAUGCCUGAUGCUAUAGUUGACUACAACUUACUAAAUGGAAAUUGGAACAUAGUCCAGCAACAAAAUGUGCUUCUUGAAAGAUCAAAAACAUUAUAUGGUUUUGCUUCUUCUGUAAGUACGAAACCUCAGAACUCAAAGGGCUUCCAUGUUGCAGAUGAUGCUGAAAGUUCAAAUGGAACAUGGAAUGAGCUGACUGAGUUUUAUGCUUGUGAGUAUUAUGAUGUUUCUUCAGGGGAUGGCGUCAUGGUUCCACUGACAGUUGUAUAUUCACGGAGGCACAAGCAAGAGGGUAGUCCUGCAUUACUUCAUGGACACGGGGCUUAUGGCGAGUUAUUAGACAAGCGCUGGAGAAGUGAGCUAAAGAGUCUUCUUGAUCGGGGUUGGGUGGUUGCAUACGCCGAUGUUAGAGGUGGUGGUGGUUGUGGUAGAAAGUGGCAUCAUGAUGGAAUGCGUCUGAAGAAGCAAAAUUCUAUGAUGGAUUACAUUUCAUGUUCAGAGUUUCUUAUAGAAAAGGGUAUUGCUCAUAAAGAUAAGCUUGCUGGGUGGGGAUAUAGUGCUGGUGGUCUACUAGUUGCUUCAGCAAUCAAUGCUCGUCCAGACUUAUUUCGGGCGGCAAUUUUGAAGGCUCCUUUCCUAGAUGCAGUAAACACCCUUCUCUAUCCUAUUUUGCCUCUCAACCCAGUUGAUUAUGAAGAGUUUGGCUAUCCUUUGGACCUUGAAGAUUUGCUUGCUAUUAGAAAAUACUCUCCUUAUGAAAAUAUUAAGAAGGAUGCCCUUUAUCCAUCUGUGCUGGUGACUUCAUCUUUUAAUACAAG